UUGACACUUAAACUUUUAGUAUAAUUUUCGAGUUUUUGAUAAAUGAUCGCUAAAAAUUUCGUUAAUGUUGAAAUCGCUGGGAAAGCUGUCAAUUUAUUGUUUACACAAUUCAACAAGAUAAAUAGUCGCUGGCACCGAUGUUUGAUGGACCAUCCGGGGUGUUUUCCAGUGUCGAUGGACAGGUUCCACAUAGCGAAUCCCAAAGAUCUCAUGGAUCACAUGGAUCACAUAGCUCACAUGGCUCACACAACUCAAAUGGAUACAUGAAGGACACCUCCGAUGAUCUGGGCGCCAGUCACGAAGGUCAUGAUCAGGGUCACGGGGCUAGCAGCCAUAGGCACCACGGAGAUGAAGACGGUAUGUCGAUGGCCUUUCACGGGGGCAGUACGGAGACCAUUCUGUUCAAUUUCUGGCGCACCCAGUCCGCGUCGGCCUUGGGUUUGUCCUGCCUACUGGUUUUUGUCGUGGCCGUACUCUAUGAAGGCUUGAAGUUCUAUAGGGAGUGGCUGUUUCAGAGGAACCGUGAAAAGAGAUUAGACGCCGGCAGGGAUCAUUAUGGCCACCCGAGGCACCACAGAGAGCAGAACUACGCCUACAAACCACCGACGUACUCUUUUAGGCUACCACUCCCACAGUCGCAGCAUCAUCCACAGUCACAUUCUCAUCCACAGCCACAUUCUCAUGCACAGCCACAUUCUCAUACACAGUCACACUCUCAUCCACAGUCACACUCUCAUCCACAGUCUCAUCCACAACCAAAUACUCAUCUACAACCACAUUCUCAUCCACAACCACACACUCAUUCACAGCCACCGGCUCAUCAACAACCACAUUCUCAUCCUCAGUCACCGGCUCAUCCACAGCCACAGCAGCAGCACCAGCAAGCUCAGGUCCAGAUGUACGCAUAUCGUCAAGUGUCUUCCUCGAUGCCGCCUCAUCAGCAUAGCGAUUCUAUUGGCCCUCUGUCAGCGCAGUCCUCACAGUCAAUGCCGCCAAUGCAUCACCGCCACAUGACGCAUUCUAUUGGCUCUCCGUCAGAUCAGUCGUCUCAUAUAAUGCCACAACAUCACCAUCACAUGCCGCAUUCUAUGGGCCCUCCCUUACCGCUGUCCUCACAGAUGAUGCCACAGCCUCACCAUAACAUGCAGCAUUCUAUGGGCCCUCCGUCAGCACAGUCCUCACAGAUAAUGCCCCAGCAACAUCACUUGCCGCAUGGACCGGGUCAUCAUCACAUACAGCAGGAGGAAGAUCCUGAAGCUAGAAAAAAAGUGCCUUGGCGUCGACGCUGGUGCUCCCGGCUGCAUCUCAUCCAGACCUUACUGCACGUCCUGCAGGUGCUCAUAUCCUUCCUGCUAAUGCUCGUCUUUAUGACCUUCAACGUGUGGCUGGGCCUGGCUGUCCUUUUGGGCGCCGGUGUCGGCUACUAUAUAUUUGGUGCCUUCAGCAACAGAAUUAAUGAGCACUGCAACUGAGAUAAGCCGGACAUAUCCGAAACGAACCGAAAUGAUGAGCUGUCUAGUCCUGGCUAAUGUGCUUUUCUAAUUAAAGCAAGUUGUAAAAAUCAUAA